AUGGCUGAGCUCGCGGCAUUACUACAAACUGAAAUUCCUGAGGGACGAAACCAUUUGACGGACAGUCACACAAAUCUUGAGCGAGUAGCAGAAUAUUGUGAAGCGAAUUACUUUCAGUCGGAAAAUAAACGACUUGCUCUUGAAAGCACUAAAAAUUAUACCACACAAUCCUUAGCCAGUGUGGCUUAUCAAAUAAAUACUUUAGCAUAUAACUUUCUACAACUUUUGGAGCUACAAACUAUGCAGUUAGCCGAGAUGGAAGGUCAGAUGAAUCAUAUAUCACAAACUGUAGCUAUACAUAAAGAAAAAGUUGCUAGAAGAGAAAUUGGGGUAUUAACUGCUAAUAAAGUGACUCCUAGGCAAUAUAAAAUAAUUGCACCAGCUAAUCCAGAAAAGCCAAUUAAAUAUGUUCGAAAGAGCAUUGAUUAUACAGCUCUUGAUGAUAUUGGUCAUGGUGCGCGGUGGAAUGGCGGCUCUAGUGGUACUCCAAGGGGUCGGCGUUCAGUGUCAGCCCAGGGCUCCGCAACAUUGCCGGCACCCACUACGAAACCACCCACGCCGCCAGCUGCUAUCCGCGCUGCCUCUGCCACUAACACCGGUACACUUGGACGAGGGACACUCGGCAAAUCGUCGCGUGAGUACCGCACCCCGCCCGCGGUGGCGCCUCCGCAAGUGCCCUCGCACUACGCGCCCAACUACCCACGACGACCUCCCGGGUACUCCACGUUGCCGGUAGCACAACCGCAGGUUGGGAUGGUACAUCCGAAUCAACAUCAAAUAAACUCUAACUACUCACAGCAAGACCUGCACUCAAGUAUGCCACCUCCACCUUCUCCAUUGAUCGGGUCAGACGGAGAACAUAGCCAACAUUCAAUGAGUCUUCCAGGACAGCGCGCGUCGUCGUCUUCGGGCGGCGCGUCGGCUCGCGGCGGGUCUGUGUCGCCGCCGCUACCGCCGCCGCCGCGCGACGACGAGCUGGCGCACGACCGCGCGCUGCACGCCAACAAUAAAAUGAGUGCUUCAUACUCAAACGCGGUGCCUGCGAUCGUGCCUGAUGACGACGAUUUACCCGGUUGGGUACCAAAGAACUAUAUUGAGAAAGUUGUAGCAAUUUACGACUAUUACGCGGAUAAAGAGGACGAGCUCUCGUUCCAAGAGAGCGCUGUGAUCUACGUACUGAAGAAGAACGACGACGGCUGGUGGGAAGGCGUGAUGGAUGGCGUCACUGGCCUUUUCCCUGGGAACUACGUCGAGCCGUGUGUCUAG